AUGUCGAAACCUAACAUGGGCGAGUCUGAAGCUCGAGAGCAAUUUGCUAGAGGCAGACCAGAAGAAGCCACAAUCGGGGUAACGGUCAAAUCGGUUGUACAUCUAGAUCUCUCUCCCCUCCGACCCCCCUUUUUCUCAAUCACACGCAAAAGGGGGCAGAUUGAGUGUUCUGGUCUUGAUGGUACGUGCGCAAAGGGGGACAAAGUAUGGGACUUCUGUGGUGAAUGCACUUUUCUUUCAUUGAUGACUUGUGAUGUGGAAGGUGGUGGUGGUAAUGCACGGGUGCCCGAUGAUCGUAACACGCGACUCGGGGGCUUUCCACCUCGUGAGUACCUCAUCUGUCCUUUUUACAAAGGCGACCGCACACUCACUUGUCAACUUGUAUUUUGGAAUUGUACGUAG